GACCCCCGGGUGCCACCGACCCCGGACCCCACUGACUGUCCCGGCCCCCCGGUGCCACCGAGCCCAGCCCCACAGCCCCGCCGGACCCCCCGUGUCACCCUCCCCAGCCCCCCCGGUGCCAUGGUGUCCCCGCGGGACCUGCCCGAGCCCCCACCCCUCUGCAGGGACACCCCGGGCCGGGGGCUUUGCCCCAGCGUCGUGGUGAGCCCCGGCACCGGCACCGGCACCGGCAGCGGCCCCGCGGGGUCGGAGCGGGGGCACCGGGCCGGGGCUGCUGGGCGCCGCGGUCCCGCUCCGAGCCGUGCGGGGGGGGCGGGCGGCAGAUCCAGCCGCGCUCCGCCGGGAACCGGCAGCGAGAAACCGGGAGCCGGGAGCGGGGCUGCUCCGCCGCUGCCCACCGUCCUGGAGCGGACACCGGACCCGCGCCCCCCGCGCCAUGGCCGCGCCUCGGCAGGGCCCCCCGGCAGCCCAGCCCUCGGUGCCCUGGUGCAGCUGGUGAAGGAGAUCCCCACGUUUCUCUUCGGUGGUCCCAAGGCCGGCACGGAACUGGGUGCUGCCGGCAGUGAGGACGCGACAGUGGGCUCUGAGCAGACGGGCACAGGCGUUAUAACGGAGGCACCAGCAGAGAGUUGGCCACUCCGCAGCCUGGAGAAGUGCCUGGAGGAGCUGGCAGAGAGGGGGUCUGGCCUCCCCCAUCCCAUGGUGAGCAGGUCCCAUGGCCCCGGGGAGAGACAGCGGGGAGAGCCCGGUGGUCGCCAGUCUCUGCCCAGCAGACGCUCGCUCAGAGGCCCGGCCACCCUCCCUGGUCCCUCACGAGCCGAGUCGCCGGCAGCCGCUGCCCGCCUCUGCCCGCAAUCUGGGGAUGGUGCUGGGUGCUCCGGCUCUGUGGGCGGCAUCUCCUCCGCCAGCACCUGCACCGGGGAGGCAGCGGGCUGGGACAGGGACAGUGGGCUCUGCUGCAGCCCUGCGCUGCCGUCUGCCGGGUGCAUGGAGCAGAGCCCCCUGCGAGGGCUGCUCAACUGCCUGCGGGACGUCACCACCCCCAAGCCCACCCCGGCCUGGCCGGGGGCUGCUGGCGGCCCCCAGGGGUCUGCAGGGCUGGGCAUCGGGGGCCGUAGCCCCUCUGCAACGGGGGUGAUGGCACCAGUGAUGCCCCCGGGCACCCUUGCCAAGACCCAAGCUUCGGGGUUGUGUGGCACCGCUGCACCGGGGGACGACCACCCUGCCGGCAGCACGCGGCCACCCACCCGUCCCCCUGCCACGGGGAUGGCGACCAAGAGACCCUCUGCAGAAGCAGGGCCGGCAAGUGCCACGUCCCCACCGGGCUCCGGCGUGUGUCCCAGCGGCUGCAGCGGGGAGAGCUCGCCCAAGAAGAGGCGUCCUUUGGGGAGGCCCCUGGCCCCGCAGGAGCCCCCCGGUGAGGCCCAGGACCUCAUGAUGGAGGUUGGCUGGGUCUGCGCCGUCCUGGCAGAGGAGCUGGAGCGGCUGUGCCAGGGCCUGUGGUCGGUGCGCUGGGAGUUGUGGAGCAUGCGGAGCCGCCUGGAGCGGCUGGAGCAGGGCUGGGCACGGGACAUGGCCGCCCUCACCCGCCACCACCGGCGCCUCCGCCUCGCUGUCCAGCGGCUGAAGGGACGGUGCCAGGUGCUGGAGACCCGGUCCCAGCACAACAGCCUGCGGCCGCUGGGGCUGCCCGAGGGGACAGAAGGUGCUGACGCUGUCACCUUCCUGCAGACCAUGCUGCCGGCGGCACUGGCCCUGCCGCUGGCUCCUGCUCUGCUGCAGAUGGAGAGGUGCAGCCCCACCGCCCCGGCACAGCUGCUGCUCUUCAGCCUGCUCCGCUUCACCGACAAGCUGGUGUUGCUGCGGGCAGGCCGCCGGUGCCCCGAGCCAUCCAGCUGGGCCUGUGCCUGCCAUGCCAUCGUCCCCGCCACCUGCCCCCCCUGCCGCCAGGCACCCUUUGCUGCUGGCCGCUGGGCCUGGAGGGCGAUCGAGCUGCGCUGCGGCACCCGCUGCCCCACAGCCGGCCAUGGCCGAGGCUCCGUGGGGGUGUGACCGAGCCCGGCCCAAGGGUGCCGGAUCCUUCUCCCCAACGCAGCCGGUCCCGGUGCCAUGUUGGCUCCUGCGUGGUGCUGAGCCCUUGCGGCUUCCUGCACCUCAGCAUUCCUGCAGCACCAUCCUGGAGCCCAGGCAGAGGGGCUGCUCGCAGCAGGAUUUGGCCCCAGCUGGAGAGGGGGUGGCUGAGCCAUCUUGCUGGUCACACCGGAGGAGCCAGCCCUGGUCCUGGCCACUUGGCAGAGCCCACCCUUCCUUGGGGGACACCUCCUGCACCCUACACUCCCUGCUGUGGUGCUCGCCCCCGACCCCACAGUCCCCGUGGGUGUCCGUGGUGUCCCCCCACCUGAUCCCUGCAUUAAA